CUGCACACUCUCGCACAAAACCAGAGGGCUCCACCCUCACCCAUCUCCUCUCCAUAUAUACCAAAGCCUCUCUUUAACUUUCUCUUCAUUUCCACACCACCACCACAGUCGCUGUCACCUUCUUCUCACUUCCGCCAUGUCGGCCAAAGACUGCGGAGGCCACGGCCACAAGCGCCGGAAACUCAUCCGCCGGAUUUUCGCCUGCAUCCUCAUCUUCCUAUUCCUUGUCCUCGUCACCAUUCUCUUAAUCUGGGCCAUCCUCCGCCCCAGCAAGCCCAGCUUCGUCCUCCAAGACGUCACCGUUUACGCCUUCAAUGCCUCCGUCCCUUAUUACCUCACCUCCAACUUCCAAGUCACCUUCUCCUCCCGCAACCCAAAUGACAAAAUAGGCAUCUACUACGACAGGCUUGAGGUCUACGCCACGUACCAUUACCAGCAGAUAACUCUCCGUUCAGCAAUCCCGCCCAAUUACCAAGGCCACAAGGAACUCAACGUCUGGUCACCGAACGUCUACGGCACCGCCAUCCCCGUCGCGCCGUACAACUUUCUGUCGCUGUGUCAGGACCAGUCCAUCGGAGCAGUGUUGCUGAUGAUCAAGAUGGACGGACGGGUAAGAUUCAAAGUUGGGACCUUCAUCACUGGGAAGUAUCAUUUGUACGUGAGAUGUCCUGCUUAUAUACAGUUCGGGAGUAGGACUGCCGGCAUUAUUGUCGGUGAAAACUCCGUUAAGUACUCGAUGGUGGUGGGGUGCAGUGUAAGUCUUUGAAGAUGAUGAAGAAAGAAAAUAAUUUUAAGUAUUUUUCUUCCUUUUUUCCCAAGAAUUUAUUUUGAAUACCUAUAUUUUUCUCCUUUUAGUGGAUAUUUAAUGAAAUUAAUGGCUUUGAAUUGUACAUGUUCCUAAUUAAAGUGAAUAAAUGGAAGAAGAAAGAUCAAGUAUGGCUAAAA